UGCGCCAUAUUGGCUGGCUUACAUGGGGAGUGGAGUUGGGCAAGCCGCUUCAAAAACCAAACAGCUUUCAUGACAUGAAGCACUGCGAGGAGAACAAGUAAAUCAGCGCGGUAAGGUUUAUUUGUUUCCACGAGUGCAGCCUGUUUGUGUGUGAUUCGCCGAAACGCUUGCCAUUUCUCCCGUGGAGAGCUUGUUCGGAAACUCAAGUCCAAUGGAUCCCAGGACCGCCUGGAUUCAGCCGGAGCAGAAGGGACCUGCCAGUUCCCGGUGGAUGCACAUUUGGGAAACCUCUCAGGGAUUUCGAGUGAACUCCGGCAUCGACAACCACCAUCACCUUCGCAACUUUUCAACGCAAAGUGUAAGCUCCCCGGGCUCAAACGGCGACCACUGCAAAAAUGUAGCAGCGCCGCCGGGGGUUGUGUUUGGGAAACUGCCAAGGCGAGACGGCGGCGGAGAGAGGAGAGGUGUCCGGAGAAAGGGCUCGUUGUCGCCGUCCUCCUCUUCGCUAGACUCGGAGGCCGAGAGCUCGUCGCCUUCCGGCUCCUCUUUGCAAAUCGACAAUCUUAACGUCGCAGAAGAGGCGAACCGGUUUUUACACUACAACGAGCAUGACUUUAAUGUAAAUACUCUCAGACAGCAACUCCCCCCUCCGCUUUUUUACAAUGUUCAGCAAAACUGUCGCAGCAUGCAACAAUCUGGCGGCCACACCCCCACGGGAAUGAAAAAUCAGCAUGGGAACAAGCACCACCAGUAUCAACUACAUUCAUCUGGACGCAGGAGGCAUCUGAACAGAUCCAACACUUUUCACGGGAUCAACCAGCUCCUGUCCGCCGGCUGCAACGGGAAUUACUCCGACUCCUCCUGCAGCCUGUGGAAGACCAGGCGCUACAGCCCUGGUAUAAAUGGGCUUCAUGAGGAGAUUGUAGACUUUUUCAAUUUCAUGUCACCACGACCCGAAGAGGAAGCGAUGAGAAGAGAUGUGGUGAACAGAAUAGAGGGCGUCAUCAAGGACUUGUGGCCCACAGCGCGGGUGGAGAUAUUUGGCAGCUUCAGCACAGGACUUUAUCUCCCAACAAGUGACAUUGACCUGGUGGUGUUUGGAACGUGGGAUCACCCCCCACUCCAGGAACUGGAGCAGGCCCUGAGGAAACACAAUGUGGCGGGACCAUAUCCUAUUAAAGUCCUGGACAAAGCUACAGUGCCAAUCAUCAAGCUGACUGACCAGGAGACAGAAGUGAAAGUGGACAUCAGCUUCAAUGUGCAGACUGCAGUCAAAGCAGCACAGCUUAUCAAGAGCUACCUCAAAAGGUACACUGUCCUGCCACCCCUGAUCUUUGUGUUGAAGCAGUUCCUGCUGCAGAGAGACCUGAAUGAAGUCUUCACAGGCGGCAUCAGCUCUUACAGCCUCAUACUAAUGGCUAUCAGCUUCCUGCAGUUACACCCACGCAUCGACACACGGCGUGCCAACAUCAACCUGGGCAUCCUGCUGAUCGAGUUCUUUGAGCUAUACGGCCGUGACUUCAACUACUUGAAGACUGGCAUCCGAGUAAAGAACGGAGGGGCGUACCUGGCCAAGGAGGAAAUGGUCAAGGCCAUGGGCAAUGGAAACAGGCCAUCCAUGCUCUGUAUCGAAGAUCCACUACAGCCAGGGAACGAUGUGGGCCGGAGUUCAUACGGUGUCCUCCAGGUCAAACAGGUGUUUGACUUUGCCUAUAUGGUACUGAGCCAUGGCGUGUCUCCACUGGCACGUGCCUACCCCAACAAAGAGUAUGACAGCACUUUGGGACGCAUCAUCAAGGUUAGUCCAGAAGUGGUGUUCUACAGGGACUGGACAAUCAAGAAGUGGGGUGCCAAGCAGUAUGCUAAGCUGGAGAACCAUGGCAUAGACACUUGUGAGCAGGACCUUGCCAGACUGAUGUUGGCCUCCAUGGAGGAUCAGCGAGACUCUUCCUCCCCAUUCAGUGCCGACUCUCCAUCGCCCUCUCCGGUCUCCAUACCCAGCCCUCAACAUCAUUCCUCCUCCUCCUCCUCAUCCUCUGCAUGCUCACUGUCCUCCUUCUCUGGAAGUGAUAUAGAGGCUGAUUCUCCUCCCAGCAGUAAUGCUGCCAUCCAAAUACACGCCCACAACCUGGCCUCUGUCCCCUCAGUAAUGCAGAUGGGUGCUGACCUCAGAACUACACAUCCAGCUGGCUUCAUCCCCACUGCACCGCAGAUCCAGAUGUCCCUCCCAGGAAACAUAGCCAUCCCCUCCUUCUCAGACUGUCAGUUUUACCACGACAAUCCACCUUCCAUCAACACUGUCCACCGCCAGACAUCCCAACCCACACACAUUUCCCAGCCCGCUGACUCUACAAGCCCUCUGCCCAGCCCCCUCCACCAGCUCCACCACCCUCAGGUACAGGGGCAGCAAAGCCACGGCUUCACCAUGAGACCCAGCCACCACGGCUCUGCAGAGCCACACAAGUUCAGCUUCAAGCACAACCACGCUGGCAGCCCCCAAGUUUCAAAUCAUUCUCAAGGUCACCUCAGCCCCCAAUGCCAUUUCGUUCCCCAUGGUCAUAACUUGGCACAGGGGUUCAGGAACCAGCAGAACCAGUACAACCGAAAUCCCUGGCGACGCAGAAAGCAGGACAGCGCUCCUCCUCUCAGCCACAGCAGGUGAAAGACUGGAGCUGCGUGAUCUUGGCCUGAUUUUUUAUUUUUUUUUUUUUUUCGAUUGUUGGAGGUUUCACUCAGUCCAGCUCAACUUUAAUUGCUGUCAGCCUCGAAAGGUGUAACUCGACUCUUAUUUCAAAAAACCCACAGUGGUAAACAACAGACCUUUUAGAGGCCACCGGCAAACUAGCAUCGCUUUCCUUCAAGCCACAAGUCGAUCCAAGUUGUUUUCCAUUAUACAAGGUGUUGAAUGAGCACCGUCGACUAAGAUUACAGAAGGCACGAAGUGAUGCUACUUGACUCUUACAGUUGACGUUCCUGAGGGAUUCAACCUGACACUAACUGUAAAGGGCCAAAACGGACUACCUGAGCUCGUAUUGUCGCAGUUAUUCCAGUGACCUAUUUUCUGUGGCCAGUUGAUAAGUAGAGCUCACAUCGGUCAUUAGAGGGUAGUCAGAAGCCCUUCUUUCCCCCAAUUCAAUGCACACCAGCAAGGAUAUUGAGUUGCUUGAGUCAGCUGUGUGAAAGGCAGCGCUGGUGCCCAGACUUGGCAUCUCAUCAGUGUGACUUUCCAGAGGUUGAAAACGCCGGCUGUUGCUAGAGAAAUGGGUGGAGGAUUGGAGUUCAAAUGAACAAAUGAACCUUGCAGAAAGAAGUGUCACGUGCCAUAGUAUUGGACUGGUUCAUAUGACUUCACCUGUUCCAGAGCCUGGUCUCCUAGACGGUUUGAUUCUGCCUAGAAGUUUUUCCAACUGAAGGUUUGAGCUUUGAACGAGAGCAGUGUUCAGCGGGGCUUUUUGAUCAGGUACUGGGCCUAACGGGUCCUCUGAAUUCAACUCCAUUCAACCUACUGGCUCUCGUUUCAGAGCUCCCAGGACUCCAACUGUCAUCUACAAAUUGUAGUCUUUUUGGACUGAAUCAAAGCACUACGUUCCUACCUAUGCAGCGCAAUGCUGACUCAGUGUUUUUGGUGUAACGGCACAAAACGGGCCUUGUCUCAAGUGCUUAAACUGUGAUGACUGGUUUGAAUGUACAAAGUCUUAUUUUUUUUCUGUGUGUGUGUUUAAAAUUUUUGGUUAUCUCUCUGUUCUCUUGUAUUUGUUGUUUAUUUUCUCCGACCCAUUUUGAAACGAUACACAUCAAUAGGAUGCAAAGUUCUGUGUCACUGAGGGAUUUUUUUUUUUUUUUUUCACUUUGGCACUAUCUUAUGCUUUGUACUGUAAACAUUGCCACCUUACUUUACAGUUUGUUGCAUUUAUGUGCAAUAAGGACUUGCUUUUAUUUUAAUUUAUUUCACAUUUUAGUCUUAUUUUAAGGGGCUUUCCCCACUUUUUUCGCUUCUUAUUUCUAGACUACCUUGAUCUGUGCAAUAGGUGGAUUUGAGGGGUCUUGAAGGGAUGUAUGUGUGUCCAGCUUUCCAACAGUAGGGGGAGCUAUGGGAUAGCGUUGAUAGAGGUGUGCCAAAAAGCCCUAUGAUGAUGCCAAUAUUUUCCUCAUGUUUAAUUUGCCGUUGCACUACGAGCACUUGAAAUUUUGCCACUACCUGUCCCAGUAUGCUUUUGUCAACACUACAUAUCACCUUUUCAGCGGUUUUGGCUUUCUUUUGGGUUUAUUUCCUCUAGAGAGCUUGAAGGCUAUAUUUGGAGAAAUAAACAUUCAGCAGUGUUCACUCAUUUCAUUUCAGAAAUAGUCGGUGCUACUUAUUACCAGCAAAGUGCUUCUUUUAGGCCUUUAAGCUACUUUGAUUCUGUUACACCUACAGUUAACUGCCUUCUUAAGUGACCAAAUUUGCUCCUUUUUCAUGUACGUAGCCAGAGCUUUCAUUGUUUCUGUAAGCACUGCCAGUUUUACUUGACUUUUAUUUUCACUCUGAGCUUCUUGGUGCAUGUUUGCUUUAGGAACAGACUUCUGCUGUAGUUGACAAUAAUCUCCAAGUCGCAUCCUCCAGUGUCUUUUUUUUUUUUUUUCACCUUAAAUCAAUAAUGAGAGGCUUCGUUUCAAGUUAUAUAAGACCUCUACCAUUUCACAGGGUUUUUCUGUCCCAUAUUCAAAGUCAGUAUUACUCAGAUGAGGUUGCCUAGCUACAGAAUCUACACAGUAAUCCAUGUGAGGACUGAGGUUGGUCUGUGAGACACAUCUUGACCCAUCAGUGAGUUCCUGUUUAAUGUAGAUUCUUUAAGAAACCAAAAUCUGGUGACAUCAAACUAAAGGACUCAACAUUUUAUUAUUAGCAUAUUCUUAUAUCUGCUACUUGAUGUGCUGUUUCACGUCUUUUUGCCAUGAACCAAAUCCCCAGCUUGCGUCUGUGCCAUAAAGGAUGGAUUACAGUGUGACAUAUGGAUGUAUACCUUGUGUUUCCCUCUGGGCACCAUUUUUAUGUAAGUUUUCUAUUUUUUUAAUAAACAUUUUAAAACUGUA